AUGAUGGUAUCAAUAAUUAAUCCAUUAUUACGUAUUGAUACUAUUUUAAAUAUGCAAGUCGUUUAGUGCUGUUUUUUCUAAGCCAAAAAAAGGAAUAUAUUGAUAGAAUGA